GGGAGCAUUUUUCGACGAUCCUAUCUUGAGAUAAAAUUAAUCCCUACCCAAAUCUUGCUCCGUUUCUUUCCAGUGGGAAGGAUCUCCAAUUUAAAUACAAUCAAUCAACACGGCUUCCCACGGGUCGAAAGACGCGUUGUCGAUCCUGGAUCAACUUUGCACCCCCGCCUCCAUUUUGUUCAAUUCACCAUAUACGACCCUCCAAAGAUCCUCCAUAAAGCCUCCUUUUACAUUUCCUCCAUCUCCCACUGCGCAGCGAGUUCUUCACUCUCUACCAAGUUUCAUCAGCGUCCACGAUCUCGACACCGAACACAAUACAGACGACAUGGACAACAAGAGACAUCCCAGUUCGUUCCAGCAGUUGGAGAAGCUAGGAGAGGGUACAUAUGCUACUGUGAGUUCAGAAAGGAAUCCUGAGAUCCAGGUUUUGCAGCACGACUUGUUCCCGAGAUAUUAUUCCAAUAUGUGCUCUUUCUGCGGUGCAUCCGUAUAUGUUCCUCGAAACUGACUCAUACAAGGUCUUUAAAGGUAGAAAUAGACAGACAGGUGAACUUGUUGCUUUAAAAGAAAUCCACCUCGAUUCCGAAGAAGGCACACCAUCGACUGCGAUAAGGGAAAUCUCGUUGAUGAAAGAGUUGAAGCACGAAAAUAUCGUUAGCUUACACGAUGUCAUACAUACCGAAAACAAACUCAUGCUUGUCUUCGAACAUAUGGACAAAGAUUUGAAGAAGUACAUGGAUACAUCAGGAGACCGAGGGGCUUUACCACCUCCCACAAUCAAGUCAUUCAUGCAUCAACUUCUUAAAGGAAUCGAUUUUUGCCACCAAAAUCGAGUCCUUCACAGGGAUUUGAAACCUCAAAAUCUUCUCAUCAACAUGAAGGGUCAACUUAAACUUGCAGAUUUUGGUCUCGCGCGUGCAUUUGGCAUUCCUGUCAAUACUUUCUCCAACGAGGUUGUUACUUUAUGGUACCGAGCCCCAGAUGUCCUCCUUGGAAGUCGAACAUAUAAUACUAGCAUUGACAUUUGGUCUGCGGGAUGCAUAAUGGCAGAGAUGUAUACAGGACGACCCUUGUUCCCUGGUACAACUAAUGAGGAUCAAUUGGUACGAAUUUUCAGAAUCAUGGGUACGCCUUCUGAGCGAACAUGGCCUGGAAUCUCUCAAUUCACCGAGUACAAGUCAAACUUUCAAAUGUAUGCAACUCAAGAUCUACGAGUCAUCUUGCCACAAAUUGAUGCGGUCGGUAUCGACCUUCUUCAGAGAAUGUUGCAAUUGCGGCCAGAACUGCGAAUCAGUGCACAUGAUGCUUUGAGCCAUCCAUGGUUUAACGAUCUACCAGGAGCAAUGAGACGUCCACAAGUACAACAGGGACAGAUGUCGAUGCAGAGGGGAUAUGCACCACAAGAAGUAGCACAGGGCGGUUACCAGCAGUAUUGAUAGAUUUCUUUUGGCAUUGCGGAUUUAUGAUACCUCAUAUCAUUAAGGAAUGGCGUUAGACAGGAUGGCAUGAGAGAGACUCGGAUGCGUGCGCUUGGUAGCUGGUUAUGACCCAUGAUAAUGAAUUUCUUUUGACUUCGAAUGCAUGCUAUAUCUAUCCAUAUAUCGAGUUCAUUUCUAUACCAUAGAACAUGCUUUCCACGCACAAUAUCUCUGCUGU